ACAAGAAACAACUCAGAACUCAAAUCAGAUUCCUUUGUCACCAUUUCUCCUCUCUCUCUCAAGCAAGCAAGCAUGGGUGGUGAUACGAUCACCCCUCCCACUUCCACUACUGACGAGGACUUGUCCUCUCUGGAGGAGCAAGACUUCCCACAACUGCCACCCCAAACACCUACUUUUCUCGGGGAUGAAGUUGAAGACAGUACCACCAAAGAAGACAAUUUGAUGGUUUUGGGGGAAUUUGAUGAAUUGGGCAGUCGGUUUUCUUCAGCUGCUUUGGAUUUUGAAGCCAAUCGGAGGAGGAGACACAGUGCUUAUAGAGAAGUCCUGCAGAGUUAUGAUGAAUUGCGGAUUCGUUGCGAGAAUUUGAAUGGGGCGAAGAGCAAAAUCUUGAGCUAUGUCCCUGGAGCAUGGAUUGAGAAGGUGGGUGGCUUGCAAUUGAUUGAUUAUGAUGUUCCAAAGACAACCUCGCUCAUAUUAGUUGGUCCAAAAGGAUCUGGAAAAAGCAGUCUUGUAAAUAGAAUCUCCAGGGUGUUUGAAGAAGACAAGUUUGUAUCGGAAAGAGCACAAGUAUCAUAUACAUCUGUUGGAGAUGGGACCUACUUCCUUCAGGAAUAUAUGAUUCCAAAAAGCUCAAUGUCAUUUUGUCUUUAUGACACACGCAGUUUGUCUAAUGAUUCAUCUGAGAACACUGAAAUACUAAAGCGUUGGCUGACAAAAGGUGUUCGUCAUGGGGAUGCUGUUAUCAGGGGUUCUGAUAGUCCAAGUUUAAGAAUCAGUAUGAAAUGCAAGGCCCGCUGGAAUGGUUUUCUGACGAGGGAGAUCAGGAGGGUCAGUUUUGUCAUAUUUGUUGUUAAUGCGAUUUCAGUUUUGAAAUCAAUGGAUAGUAAUGAUGAUUCAGACAUGAAGUAUAUCCAGACGAUUGCUGAAGCAUUUAGCUGCCCAUACUUGUCAUUCAAAGAUGACAAGCCUGUUGUUGUUGUUACACAUGGUGACCUACUUUCGCUUUCAGACCGUGCUCGGGUCCGUGUCCAUUUGGGAGAGCUGCUGGGUAUUCCACCUGCAAAACAGAUUUUUGACAUUCCAGAAAGCUGUGAUCCAGUAACUGAGUUGACAAUCAUUGACAUGUUACGCUUUUCCCUUGAGCACGCCGAUAAAAAUCUUCCUCGUAAGAGCUGGAUAAUGAACAAGUCUCACAAUCAUUACAUCAAGGUUCAUACAGCAUUGCUGCGCGGAUGUAUAUUGCUAUUAAUAUCCCUGGGAAUCGCCAUCAUCGUAGCUUACGUGUACCGUGUGCAUAUGCAUCAUGUCCGUCGUGCAAAGCCUCAUGCAAAACCUCACAUAGCUUUUACUCAUCCUGAGAUAGAUUGGCAAGCAAUUCGGCACAUGUGGUUGGGCUAGAAUGUGUAGCCCGAAUCUCAGAGUUUGAUGCCAUGAAGGCCACUGAAUAUACAAACAAGAAUUGUUAUUGAAUACUUGGGGUGUCUAUAUGUAUAUCUAUGUAUAUGGUUUGGUCUAUGGUUCUUAUAUAUUCUAUGUUGUCUA